AUGACCUCCCCGUUCAACGGGGCCUGUCCGGCUCCCUUCCUAGACGAACAUCUAUUCCCGAAAAGCGGAGGAUUCUUACCUGGUCGGGCAUGCGCCCUGAACCCGCUCGAGGGUGACAACGCAACCACCAGAUGCUGCGUCCCGUGUCCGCUUUUCGAUUACGUCUACGACGAUGACUUCAAGCGGAUGACCGACGGUGCCGCCUGGGUCCACGUCGUCGGCUUCAUCCUCUGCAUCUUUCUGCUCAUCUCCAUGGCCAUCCUCCCAACCAACGUCACGCGCCGGUCCUUCCUCAACAUCAUUCUCUUAGUGGGCAUCCUGCUCCUGGAGCUCGGCUUCAUCAUCCCGCUGGCCCGGCAGCCGGAGCAAUGCUACAACGAAAUCACGCCGAACGACAUGAACACCAGCACGACCUGUGCCUUCUCUGGCGCCUUCGCCGCCUUCGGCGGCAUGACGCUCGUAACCUGGAUCCUCAUCCGCGCCUUCUUCAUGCACCUGCAAAUCUGCUGGGACAUCACGCCAACCAAAUACCACAUCCUCUUCGCGAAUCUCAGCGCCUGGACAACCACCAUCGUGCUCACAUCCGCCGUCCUCGCCCACGCCGGGGUAUCCUUCCGCUUCGGCGGGUAUUGCCACGUCAACCACACGGGCUCGAUCCCGACGUACUGGGCGUGGCUGCUCGCGUUCGGCGGCCUCGCCUUCGUGCUGCAGGUCGCGACGUUCGGGUACUGCGUCAAGGUCUACCUGCAAGCGGCGCUGCUGCGGUCGGCGUCGUCGAUGUCGGGGGCGCAGUUGGAUAGCGGUGGGAGUGCUGGGGACUUGAAGGGGAGGAAGAACAGCGCGACGUUCAGUGCGCAGAGCCGGUCGAGGGCGCGGGCGGCGAAGGCGGCGGCGAGGAGGGUAAGGGAGGUGUUGAAGUUGCAGUGGCGGUCGUUGGCGAUUGUGGCGCUGGCGAUUUUCACGACUGCGUUCGUCUGCGUCGUGUUUAUUGUGCUGGACAAUAAGCAGGAGAAGCUCGCGCUGACGGAUACGGAGGCGUCGCUGCCGUGGAUCACGUGCAUGAUCUUGACGAGGGAUAAUGAGCAGUGUUUGGAUAAGACGGGGUCGGUGGUCAUUUCGCAGCGGGUUGUGGUGGCGACGCUGUUUAUACUGGCGUUUGUGGGGGUGGAGGCGUUUUGUUUGCUGUGCAGGGUGGAUAUGUUGAAGGCGUGGGGGGAUUGGGGGAAGAAGAUGUGGGGGAGGAGGCCUUGGAGGAAGAGGGAUUAUUUGAUGGGCGGGCCCGAGCCGGAAUUUGAUCUUGUGGUGGCACGGAAUCAGAGGCUGGGGUCAGCGGAAGGGAGGACAGCGUCGCCGGCUCCGAGGGCGGUGUCACCGGUUGAGAGGGGCGAGAGGCUGGAGGGGAUAAGCGCCGACAAGUCUGAGAGGAAGGACUCGACGGGUACGGGUGAAGCGCCGCAUGCACUGUAA